UACGUCUAUUGAAUUUCCGGUACAAACGUUGCUAAGAGAUCAUACACAGUCCACACAAAGCCACGCUGGAUGUUCUCUUAAGCGACAGUUUUUUGUUUUUGUGUAUCAAAAUAUUUUAAAACUAUGAUUCAGUAUUAAACUAUGUAAAUAGUUUAUUUUGAAAUGGCAACUGCGUCGGCAUGUAUUGUGCAGUACGGCAGGCGAAAGGGAAGCAGCAGGACAAAUACGCGAAUAAAAAGGUCAGAAGUGGCAAAUUUACCAAUGCAACUGCCUGAUCUUUGCCAGAUUCAUGUUUUUCCAAAAGCAGACUGGGAAAGGGUGCAAGAAAGUCUUAACAAAAUGAACAGAGAGGCAGAGUUAAUCCAAGAAAAAAAAAAUGGAAAAGGAGAGUAAAAGAAUACCAGCAUGCUAAAGAGAUGGAAAAGCUGGAAGGCAAAAAAGAGGGAGAAACAAAAGAGCAAACUGGAGGAUCAGAAGCAUGAACAAAAAAACAAUUGAUGAAUGCUUUUUUGGACCACGUGUCAAACAGGGAUGUCCUCAAGGCAAUUGAAAAACAGAAGUAUGAGGAAGAACAAGAGUCCAUUAAUCUUUUUUCCACAGCAAAGGAAAAAUUAUUUUAAAAAAAUGAGAAAAGAGAAGGAGGCAGAGUUAUUCAGAGAACAGCUACAGCAGAGAGAUCAGAUAAUUGAACUGUUAGCUAAACAGAUGCAGGAUGAAAUCAUUGCUAGAGCUGUAGCAGAGCAGGAGACAAAGGAAGAAAGAAAGCUGAAAGAAAAAGAAGAAAAGAGGAUAGCUGAACUGAAAUCCAUUGCCACACACAGAGUAACAAUGCUUAUUGUUGCAGUUGUGAUUUAUCUGUACAUAAGUCAACUGUCCUCUCCGAGCCUAAUCCAGUCCAGAUGCCACCUGGCCCUGGUCACCUAGUUCAGUCAGUAUCACACAGGUCAGUAUGUCUGCUAGAAAAGGGGCCCUACUUUCUCAAGACAAAGAUUGCAUUAAUUAGUCCAGUUACAUUUUUAGUACACUUUCAGGUAUUCAUGUCAUAUUCAGGGAAUAUGCCUUUCAGGAUGUUAGGAUUUCACAUUGUAAAAUUUGAAAAUUGUUUGGAAUUGACUGAAACCAUGUAAUCAUCCACAGAUUUAACAAAAAGAAGAGACUGCAGGCUGUGGAAUUGCUUCUUGCCAAACAAAAAGCUGCUAAGGCUUUUUUUAGCUAAACAAUGGGAAAAACAACAAAAUAUGAAAGAAAAGAAUAGAAAGAUUCAAGCCCUUCAUGUUCAACAAAUGGUACAAUGUAAAGGA